AUGGAAGUCAACUUUAAGGGCAUCAGGCAGGACGCGCUUGAAUGCGUAGACUUUGUGUUUGCCUUCCAGACUCCGCGACUGGCCGACUACCGCGUUCUUUCUUCGCAAGCAAUGACGGUCAAUGACGACUCCAAAGUCGUCAAAGCCGUCGACUCAUCGGAAAUUCGCACUGUCCACAAAAGAAAGAAGCGGCGCCUCACCCGCCAUCACCAUGUUCCUGAGCAACACUGGACGAAGGGUCGCCCACAAAAUCGCAACGCGAUCAGUGCCGCUCAAGAGUCAAGGACUGCGCCGCGACGUCACAUCAAGCAGAUAUUACCAUGCACAUGGUACCAACGAGACAUCGGCCGUAUAGGAGAUGUCCAAAAACACACGGAACUCGACAUUAUGGGCUUCCCAUUCGCCCCCACUUGA